GCUCUUUCAGCGGUGCUGCCUCUCAGGUUGGCCGCCAUUAGCAACUGACACCAUGCCUGCCCUCAGACCCCUGGUGAAACCUAAGAUCGUCAAGAAGAGAACCAAGAAGUUCAUCCGACAUCAAUCAGAUCGCUAUGUCAAGAUCAAGCGCAACUGGCGUAAGCCAAGAGGUAUCGAUAACAGAGCUUGCAGGAGGUUCAAGGGCCAAAUCUUGAUGCCCAACAUUGGCUAUGGUAGCAAUAGAAAGAUGAAACACAUGCUGCCCACCGGAUUCAAAAAGUUUUUGGUCCACAAUGUCAAAGAACUUGAGGUGCUGAUGAUGAGUAACAAGUCUUAUUGUGCAGCGAUUGCUCACAAUGUUUCUUCCAAUACAGUGUUAUUCAUGAUGUCAGUGAUAAUCCUGAAGUGUUGGGCCAAAUUCAGAGCUGAUCCAAGCCCUGUAUAAUCCCACUGAGAUAAAUGAGAUUUCGUGGGAUGUAAAUCAGCACUUAAUAUGGACCAGUGCAUUUGUGUGGACAUAAUGUAUGUUUUAUAUAAACGUUGUAAUAGCUGAAGAGUUUCCCCUGCAUAUCAGCACUGUCAAAGUUGAUUUUGAA